GCUGUGGGGGAGCUGGUAAUCUGCGAGGUAAACAGAAAAAAGGAAAACUCAGUUUAUCGCAUCGAGCGUACUCUACCUCAUCAAGUAAGGGAUAAUUGUAUAUCUAAAUCUUGAGCGAAAAUUUUAGAAAUCACAGCAAUGCACCACUACCGACAGACACAUCUUGAUUCAGGAGAAACUUGCAUCUACAUUUUGAUAUUAUUAGAGUCGUUAUCAGUCAUUUUCUUACAGCUUAUGAUCAGGAACAAAUAUUUUGUAAUGCUUAGACUUACUCAGGUGUUUUUCUGUGCUAGAUCUUUUAUGCUGAAAACCAGACCAGAGCGAAGGGAAUAGCCUUUACUUUUAUGAGGUCAUUACAACCCUCUCAUUUCACAGAUGGAAGCUUGCCAGUAUUUGUUUUUCCACAAUCGCUGACUUUUUAUGCUGACGAGCAGUCUACACACAAGCAAGUGCUCACGGUUUACAAUCCCUACGAGUUCACUUUACGGUUUAAAGGUAUGUAAUAGUGAAUGUAACGGAAGACUGAAUAGUAGUUUUGAGUUGCAGUUUGUUUAAGGGAGGUCUGGUCAUUUGAUAAUGUUAAAGCUUACCGUCAACGUGUGUUUGAAUUAUAUCUUCAUUUACCUGUUGUGUUUGUUUUGUUCCAAGUGUUUUGCACCGCUCCAAAGAGAUAUAUGGUGGUUGAUUCUGAUGGCGUGAUCAAACCUAGAUGCUGCAUUGAUAUGUAUGUAACAAUCCUGUAUUAACCUUUAUGUCCUCCAGUACAAUCCUAUUGAAGGUAUAGGUGACCCCCAACUGAAAAAGUCAAAGUAAAAAGUAAAACGUACUUCCUCAUAUAUGAACCUUGCUGGACGAUGAUGUUGGUUUGUCAUGGACUCUGGCAAUUCCUCGAUAAUAUAAACCUUUUCUGUUACUGAUUAUAUCCAUUCCUUUGAGUCAAGAGCAACUAGUAGUCAAAUGAAAGUCAUUUUCUGUCUACAAUCUUAGUUAACUUGAAAAUGCAUGAUUAAAUUUGGAAACAGAAUUUGUGUAAAUGUUCUAUAAAUUGUUUACUUAAGCAAACCAGUGAAUUAAUAAAGGGGGUAAGUUUCUAGAUAAACUGUGGUGCCGUGUUGGUAGAAGACUAUAACAGGGUAAUUUGGUGUUAUCAACUGAAUUGAUAAAGAAAAUUGGCCACUGUAAAGAGUUGAAAGGCUGACAUUUCAAGUGUUAACCCUUCCUCAAUCACUCUGACGAAGGGCUAACCUUCUAAAUGUCAGCUUUUUAACUCGUACAGUGGCCAAUUUAUGUCAUCAGCUCAGUUGAUAAUACUAAAUUACAGUGGAUUAAUAACAAAUGAAAAACAACACAAGUGGUAGUGGUGUUACAAUUUAACCUCUCCACAGCUAUCACUUCAAAAACCUGGGAAAAUUUGGCUGGUUGAGGAUAAUGGCUAUCAUUGGGAAGAAGGGGUUUAAGGGUCUUUCAACAUCAUAUAUCCUUUUAGUAAUGAUCCAAGAAGCAACUUCCUGUUGUUGAUGGUUGUAAAGCUUGCACAGUGCAUCUCUAUAUGUUGCUCUGUCAUUCACUCAGCCUAGUCUUUUUUCUAAUAAUUUACAAAAUUUUAUAAUUCUGUUGUUACAAUCAUUUAAGUAGUUUUAUACUAAUUAUCUUGACUAUGAAUUUUUUUGUAUUUCUUCUGGCUUUUUUUUUUUUGGUUUUUGUGAUGAUGACUGCAUUAACCAAGUGUACAUGUACCAAAUAUUAUGUUUUCCUGUAGUGAUUUCAGUAGUUUUGCCUCUUUUUCUGUCCACAUUUCUUCAUUCUUGUUAAUUGUUUAAUUUUCGACCAGUUAAUAUUAAGCAUGGCAUAUGGGCAAUAGGAUAUAAAUUGAAGCCUGAAGUUCCUCUUUCUCAAAUAUUCUCUUUUGAAAAAUGAAGUUAAGUAUAUUAGGUCAAAGAUGAGAAAUAGAACUUAUAUCAUGACUUCUCCUAGUUGUUGUUUUGCUGAUAGCCAGUUACCAGUAAAGAAAAUUGCAGGGAAUACAGAAAUUUUGAUGUUAGCAAAAUAAAACUUAAAAUAAUUUAAGUAUAGUAAUAUAAGUUUGUUUUAAAUUUCCUUUGUAUUUAUAUAUUUAGGAUUUUAUUAUUGAUUACUGCGCUCACUCUCAGUUAAAGUGAUUCAAGGUUUUUAUUUUUAUUUUUAUUGAAUUUUAGAGUAAUCCGUCACAGUGAUGUUCAACCUGCCAAAACACAGCAAGACAAAUUUCGACUUCAGGUCUUUGAGUAUGGGCUACAGAAAGUCAUUGGUCAAAAAGAAAUCAUGGCUGUCCUUCAGCCAAGCAGGACAGAACAUCAACAGGUAUUGAUGGCACACCAACAAACGUUCUCCUAAAGGAUAAAUUUCUUAAUCCCUCUAGACUGUCAGUGUCCUUAUAUGCAAAACUAUGAUAACUACUGUAAAUCUCAUGAGGACCACAAUGAGAACUAUUGGUUCUACCAGUAAUUGUGUUAUCCAAUAAAGUCAUUAUUAUUAUUAUUAUUACUAUUAUUAUUUCUAGCCAACCAUAUCCUCAAGUCUAGAGUACCACUGGUAAUACUUAUUACAAAUAAAAAAGCAAAUGUGCUAAGCUAAUUUGGCUGAAAUCUACAAUAGCCUGCAGGAGUCAUUCUAAAUUAUGAAAAUAGCUGAUAUUGGUUUUGGAGUUCUAACUGUGGGUCCAAAGUUACAACAGUUACUUUGGAUCCAAACUUAUAACUAUGGAGUGAAGAAUGAAAAAAUAAAAAUUAGGGAUAGAAAGCUAUAACUAUAGAUCCAAAGUUAUACUAGGGAUUCAAAGUCACAAAAGAUCCAUAAUUAGAAUCUGUAACUUGAGAGCUGUUGUAAUAACUUUGAUCAGUAGUUAUGAGGUCAGAUCUGUAGCUUUAAUUUUGAAACUAUAGUUAUUACUUUGGAUCCAUAACCCAAAGCCAAUUUUUUUCUUUCAUUUAUAAUGACACCUUCAGGCCGCCGUAGAAAUCAUUUAAAAUCAGAUCUUCCCAUUAAGUAGGCCUUGUGGUAACAUCAUGAUGCAUUUAAUUCAUUUUAGCCACCAAUGAGAUAGCAGUACAUCUUUAAAUCCUCUAAAGUGAAAAAUUAGCAUUAAAGAAGAGGGUUUAAUGGUUCAAUUUUGGUCUGGUUACUGAUUAUGUGCAUUUUGUCCUGGUGCAAAAAAUAUGUGAUUUCUUCUAACAAGGUUCAGUCAGCUACUGUCAGUGACUUUUAAUAAAUCAGCUGGUUUGUGGGUAUAAGUAUUCUAGAGUCAUGUACGUCUCUGCCAGUGGGCAGCUUGCUUUGUUUCUCCAAGCCUUUUUGUACUCCUCCCAUGAGCCCUUGUAUUCCUCCUCCUAAAAGCUUCAAUCUUUCACUUAAACCACAAUCAACCAUGUGUAAUAUAAUUUUUCUUUUGUGAUGUCAUGGCCUUUUAACUAAACAGAAAAGUCUUCUCCUUGCAAUCUCCUGACAAUUUUAUGGGAAGUUACAACCUCCUGCAAAUUACUGGGGAGGUAAAUAAGAGGAUCUUCAAGAAACAUCUGAAAAGUUUAUGGAAAGUAACUAGGUGAUGUACCAUCAGUCCUAAUACUCAUUCAUCAGGCAAGAGCAACUGUAUUUUUGUCAUAUUUCAAGCCAUUUUGAAUUUACUCUUUCAGUUUAGUAAUCACCUUGCAUGAGGUGACUGAAGCACAGUACAAAGCCAUUCCCCAGCAGUCAGAGUGCUUACAUAUCUAUAUUCACUUGUAUGAUUUAUUACUUAUGUCUAAUACUUGGUUGGCCUCAGAUGCCUCGGGAGAAAUCAACCACAAGAUCCUUGAGGUCACAGAAAACAGAGAGCAGUGGUGUAACUGUGGAGCAUUUUGCAGACUCAGGUAAUAUUAACAAUAGUCAUUACCCCUUUAAUAAAAUUGAAACUCAGAAUGCUACUGUUCAAGUGAGAUGAAUUGCAGUUGGUGAAAGCCACAAGUGUAUCAAGUGAAAGCAUCAAGGGUAAUUUAAGAUUGAGUUUCUUUGUUUUAAUAACAGGGUUGGUGGGUCAGCAGGGUCCCAGUUUGUGGGUAAUAAUUAUGGCUGUGGUCUGUAUUAUUGCUCUGGUAUUACCACUGGACAGUGACAAGUAUACAGGAUCAGUACCACGCUACCUUCUGCUGUCAGUCAAUCAAAAGUUAUUGGCUUCUUUUAUCCUAGGUAGGCAUGGCUGUUUUUUUUGUUAUUUACAUUAAUUUUAGCAGGAAUGCCUUGAUUAGAGUGCCUCUUCCUAACACAGUAUUAAAUUUUAAAAAAGUAAGGAAACAUUUUGGUGGAUUGCUUCAUUGGUCAGUUGGUGGGGAGUCUACCAGAAUGUCACUGAAGAUUGGUGAAGAUAAGUUGAACUGUUUGUUGGGGGAAGAAUGACAUGCACUGGGGGUGUUCAAAUUUCCGCAGGGAUUUUUGUCAAUGUUCUUAGGAAGAGUAUGCACUGGUAAGUGCAACUUUCUACUUGAAAUGAGUCAAAACCAGUUAAAUGACAGCAUUUCUAUAUAAUUUGCAGGUCUUAUAACAAUGGCAGUUUUAAAGACAUGACAGUAUUUACACUGUAAUGGAGUAUUUAGCUGACAAUAUUAGUGGUGAUGAUUUUACUUUUAUUAUUAUUGUCAGUGAUAUAAUUUUUAGGAGCAUACCAGAACAGCCUUGAAUUUAAGUUGAAUCUUAUAACAGCCUUGAAUCUCAUUAUUACUAUAAGUUGUGAUAAAAUUAAUAGGUAUUACAAAAAAUACAGCUUGCACAUGAAAUAAACCAUUUAUCUAUGUUGCAAUAUAGUUUUACAGUUUGUUUUCCUGUAGAUUUAUUUCAAUUGGUUCUCUAAAGACAUUUUAAUUAUCAUUUCUUAUCCUCAUUGAGUCUAAGAUGAAAAGAAAAAAAUGACCUUAACUGUAGUCAUUUACUAGACAGGUUUGGGUGGAAGAGGACUUAAUGCAUAUACUGGGGUUUGGUUCCAAUUAACUUUUAGUUUGGCUCAAACUAACUUUUGCAAAGAUUACUUUCCAGUAGACAAUACUUUGAAUAAUUGCUGUUGUUCCAGGUUGGAUGGUAGUUUCCAUCAGAUUAAUUUAUUUAUGACGCAGGUGCUACAAAACAGGCUCCUUUAUUCAAAUAUUUGAAUUAACAGUGCAGUUGUACUUCAGUGGACCUGAUGUUUGUUGAGUGUAAAUAAGGGACUUUAAUACAUAUAGAAAUGUGUAACGGUUUUUUUCCCCCAUAAUCAAAGUGGAGGAAUGUGUGCUGAACUCUGUUGACUGUGCAUAAUGAAGCCAUCAUGUAAAUGGACUUACCUAUUAAUAAAUAAUGAUGCAAUCUCUUUGUAGACUGUGUUCUUUUAAUGUUACUGUUCAGUAAACUAGUGGAUCAUUAAUAACAGCAAUUACCAACACUAACUUAAAACUUAAAACAAAGGCAUUGGUAGGUUGUA